AGCUGGGCUGGAGAGGGCGGAAGCGGCCCCCGGCGCAGGCUGGGAGAUGUAGUUCCUGACUCGGGAGCGGAAGUGACGUAGGGCGGGAGACGAGCCGGGCUAUGAACGCGCGCGGGGCGCGGCGGCUUUCCAAGUUCGUGCGCGGCCGUUGGAGCCUCUCGCGGGGCCCGAGGAGGGGCCGGUAACCUUCGAGGAGGUGGCUGUGUAUUUCACCAGUGAAGAGUGGUCUUUGCUGGACCCCACUCAGAGAGCCCUCAACUGGGAUGUCAUGCAGGAGAACUAUGAGAAUGUGACCUCACUGGGGUUUCCAGUUUCCAAACCUCAUAUAAUCUCCCAGCUGGAACAAGGGGAACAGCCAUGGGUCCCAGACCUCCAGGGUUCAGAGGAAAGAGAGAUCCUGAGAAUUCCCUGCACAGCAGGUGAUGCAAUGGUAUGUGAGAAAGAGGAUCAGAAUUCUCAGCAGGAAAAUGUUGAGAAAAUGGCUAAACACAGAGAAUUAUCGCAAAGAUGGAAAAAUAAUGUGUCCAGGAGUCAUGAGCAGGGAAAAUCCUGUGAGAUUCAGCACAGACCAGAAAGAGAGCAAGGAAACCAGCCAGGGGAGAAAAUGGGUAAAUUUAUUUCCUGUCGGGGAACUCAGAAGAGGGUCAAGGAAACCAUAACACAGCAGGAAAUCCUCAUGGGAAAGAGGAAAAAUACAUGCACUGAGUAUGGAAAAACCUUCACUUGCAGAUCAGCCCUUUCUGUUCAUAAGAGAAUCCACAUAGGGGAGAGGCCCUAUGAAUGCCAUGAGUGUGGGAAAACCUUCACUUGCAGCUCAAACCUUACUAGGCACUGGAGAAUCCACACAGGAGAGCGGCCCUAUGAAUGCCGUGAGUGUGGGAAAAGCUUUAUUACCAGCUCAGCCCUUUCUCAACAUCAGAGAUUCCACACAGGGAAGAGGCCCUAUGAAUGUUGUGAGUGUGGGAAAAGCUUCACUAGCAGCUCAGACCUUUCUAAACAUCAGAGAAUCCACACAGGGGAGAGGCCCUAUGAAUGCUGUGAGUGUGGGAAAAGCUUCACUAGCAGCUCAGAGCGUUCUCAACAUCAGAGAAUCCACACAGGGGAGAGGCCCUUUGAAUGCAGCGAGUGCGGGAAAAGCUUCUAUUGCAGCUCACAUCUUAUUAGGCAUUGGAGAAUCCACACAGGGGAGAGGCCCUAUGCAUGCUGUGAGUGUGGGAAAAGCUUUAUUACCAGCUCAGACCUUUCUAAACAUCAGAGAAUCCACACAGGGGAGAGGCCCUAUGAAUGCCAUGAGUGUGGGAAAAGCUUCACUAGCAGCUCAGACCUUUCUCAACAUCAGAGAAUCCACACAGGGGAGAGGCCCUUUGAAUGCAGUGAGUGUGGGAAAAGCUUCAAUUGCAGCUCACACCUUAUUAGGCAUGGAAGAAUCCACACAGGGGAGAGGCCCUUUGAAUGCCGUGAGUGUGGGAAAAACUACGUUCACCGCCAGCAGCUUAUUAGGCAUCGGAGAAUCCACGCAGGAGACGCCUUCCACCAACAUGCAUGGCAGAAGAACCAGAGAGAGAUGAACUCUCAGAAGUGUUGGGACAAACCACAACUUGAGCCAAGGUUCAGGUGUUGGCAAUGGGGAUUAAAAGAAAACUAAUGUAUAUGACCAGAAUUUGUGAUUUUUGAAUAUAUUAGUGUUACUAGUGAAAAUGAAAUUAUAGGUGAUGUUAUUGGUUAAAGAGUAAGAGACUAAUUGUUUGAUGAUCUGAAUUAUUUUGGAAAACUGAAA